AGGACACGGACCACUUACAUGGGCAACCCUUGCAAUAACCCCACAAUCUUUGUGUCUAUUUUUUUGUGUUCCGCAGUCGGGUCAAUCAAAAUCGUUCGGUGACUCUUCGAUCAAAACCUUCAUCGCAUUUUCUUGCCAUUGAUUAAUUACCUGACCUCAUUGACGGUACUGGAGAGUAGAGUCUGGAGUAUAUUUUGCGAUUGACUGGUUUUGGUUGAUUAAUACCCCAAAGCAGUCGAUAGUAUCCUCCUCCCCUCUUCGAUCUUUCUUUUUCUUCACUUCCCUUUUUCCCAAUCUCCCCUCUUUUACACCUUUUUCACCCUUACCACCAUGCUUCGUACCCGACAAGCCAGCCGAGCCGUCAGGGCUUUGGCUCAAACCUCGCGACGGCAACGUUGCUCUUUUACUACCUCGCCAACUGUCUCAGCUAUCCAGGUCAAGAAAACUGCGCCGAGUGCCAUUAGGAAUCAGGCUACUUCGGCCCAAUCAACUGCCCCAGCUAGAGAGGCACCUUCCCCGGCAUUUAAUACUACCAGCGCAAAAGACCAAAGCCAUGUUCAACCCUUGGUCAAUCCUCGAAAUUCUGAGAUGGACGAAUCUUUCGUUGGAAAGACUGGAGGAGAGAUUUUCCACGAGAUGAUGCUUCGAAGAGGCGUUAAGCACAUAUUUGGAUACCCUGGUGGAGCUAUCCUACCGGUGUUCGACGCCAUCUAUAACUCGAAACAUUUUGAUUUCAUUCUACCAAAGCAUGAACAAGGUGCGGGGCAUAUGGCUGAGGGCUAUGCGCGAGCCUCGGGAAAGCCUGGUGUGGUUCUAGUAACGUCAGGUCCAGGCGCCACCAACGUAAUAACUCCGAUCCAGGAUGCCUUAUCUGACGGAACACCCAUGGUUGUUUUCUGUGGUCAGGUUCCUACCACUGCUAUUGGCAGCGAUGCAUUCCAAGAAGCAGAUGUCAUUGGAAUAUCGAGGGCCUGCACGAAGUGGAAUGUUAUGGUGAAGAAUAUUGCCGAAUUACCACGAAGAAUCAACGAAGCUUUCGACAUUGCGACUAGUGGACGCCCAGGCCCCGUACUCGUCGAUCUUCCCAAGGAUGUCACUGCUGGCGUUUUGAGGAGAGCUAUUCCCACCGAAUCAGCUCUCCCGGGCUUACCGAGCGCCGCGUCACGCGCCGCCAUGGAGGCUACCCAAAAACAGCUCCAAGCAUCCCUUCGACGAGUGGCUGAUCUAGUGAAUGUGGCUAAGAAACCUGUAAUUUAUGCCGGACAGGGUGUUGUUUCGUCAAUUGGCGGACCGGAGGUUCUCAAGGAACUCGCCGACAAGGCUUCGAUUCCGGUUACCACCACCCUUCUUGGCCUCGGAGCUUUCGAUGAGUUAGACGAAAAGUCGCUCUACAUGCUUGGCAUGCACGGCUCCGCAUUCGCAAACAUGGCAAUUCAAGAAGCCGAUCUGAUCAUCGCUCUUGGUGCCCGUUUUGAUGAUCGUGUCACUGGCAACACUGCCAAAUUUGCACCCGCUGCUAAGGCUGCUGCAGCAGAAGGCCGAGGUGGUAUCGUCCAUUUUGAGGUCAUGCCAAAGAACAUUAACAAGGUUGUACAAGCAACCGAAGCUAUUGAAGGCGACGUCGCCGAGAACCUACGACAGCUUCUUCCUAAUAUCAACAUAAAACGAAUGCAAGACCGUAAAGAGUGGUUUGACAAGAUUAACUCAUGGAAGGAGAAAUGGCCCAUGCACGCAUUUGAGCGUACCGAGCGACCAGGGAUGAUCAAGCCUCAGAUUCUCAUCGAGGAGCUCAGCAAGCUAGCAGCUAACCAAAGCAAGGACACGAUCAUCGCGACAGGUGUUGGCCAACAUCAAAUGUGGACUGCACAACAUUUUAGAUGGCGACAGCCCCGAUCCAUGGUUUCAUCUGGAGGUCUUGGCACCAUGGGAUUCGGACUUCCCGCCGCCAUCGGCGCCAAAGUCGCUCGGCCAGACGCUCUUGUGAUUGAUAUCGACGGCGAUGCUUCGUUUAACAUGACCCUUACAGAGCUGUCUACCGCUGCGCAGUUCAAUAUCGGCGUCAAGGUUAUCGUUUUGAACAACGAAGAGCAGGGAAUGGUUACACAAUGGCAAAAUCUCUUCUACGAAGACAGAUACGCGCACACGCACCAGAAGAACCCCGACUUCAUGAAACUAUCCGAUGCCAUGGGUAUCCAACACCGAAGACUCAUCAAGCCCGAGGAAACCGUAGAAAGCUUAGAAUGGCUUAUCAACAGCGAAGGCCCCGCUCUCUUGGAAGUAAUGACGGACAAGAAGGUGCCUGUCUUACCUAUGGUGCCUGCAGGGUCAGGUCUACAUGAGUUCCUUGUAUGGGACGGAGAAAAGGAUAAGAAGCGGAGAGAGCUCAUGCACACCAGAACUUGCGGUUUACAUAGCUAAAUGUGUCUUCGUCUUUUUUUAUUGCAUCGGCAGUUGGCGGGAUGUUUUCAUGUGAGAAUACCAUCGGGGAGAGACUUGAGAAAGAAAGAAAUAAGGGGGCCAUUAUAAAAAGGCUGCAUCUGGUGAGGAAAAGGAAUCGAAAAGUGCAUUUCGACCUCGCAUCAAACGAGCACAUUGGGGAAACAUGGCGAAUUAGUCGGCGUUGCUAUCGGUACAUGUUGAUCGUCACUGUGUAUAUGUAUUUUGAUUUAAUGAAUCCGAUCUCGAAGUUUUCGAGAGUCACACUUGACCAUGAUUACUAC